AUGGCAAAAAGGGUUGGAAUUUAUCUUUGCAUUCUUAUUUUUGUGUUUCUUGAUGUUACAAAUUUGACCAUCUCCCAAUUUGUAUCUCCUCCUCCAUCACCCCUAUCAAAUGUAACCGGUAGUCCACCACCGCGGCCACCGUCGAACGGGACUGAUAGUCCUCCUCCGCCACCGCCGUCGAAUGGCACCGAUAGUCCACCUCUAUCGCCCGAUGUUAUUCCACCUCCGCCACCGCCGUUGAACGGGACCGAUGCUCCACCUCCACCACCCCUGUUGAAUGGGACCGAUGCUCCACCUCCGCCACCCCCCUUGAACGGAACCGAUGCUCCGCCUCCGCCACCGCCAUCCAACGGAACCGAUAGUCCUCCUCCGCCACCCCCAUCGAACGGAACUAAUGCUCCACCUCCGCCACCCCCGUCCAACGGGACCGACACUCCACCUCCGCCACCGUCGUCCAACGGGACUGACACUCCACCUCCGCCACCGCCAUCCAACGGGACCGAUGCUCCACCUCCGCCACCCCCAUCCAACGGAACCGAUAGUCCUCCUCCGCCACCUCCAUCGAACGGAACCAAUGCUCCACCUCCGCCACCCCCGUCCAACGGGACCGACACUCCACCUCCGCCACCCCCGUCCAACGGCACCGAUGCUCCGCCUCCGCCACCCCCAUCCAAUGGAACCGAUGCUCCACCUCCRCCACCACCGUCGUCGAACGGGACGGACUCCUCUCCACCGCCACCACCGAAUGUCAACAUCUCACCACCUGCGCCAGAUGUUGGUUCAUCUCCGCCGCCGGCGCCAAGCACACAGCUACCGUUGAAUGAAAAGGGUGGCGCAGAUUCAAAAGGGCUGAGUGGUGGACAAAAGGCAGGUAUCGCCUUAGGAGUGAUUGCAGGAGCAGGUUUGUUGGGAUUUGUAGGAUUGAUUUGCAUGAAACGACGUAGUAAUAGCAUGAGAAGCCAUUAUGGAUAUGGUGCAAGAGACGCGAUGCUUUAA